UUGUUAAUAAUAUCAAUGCAGACAACUAAGACAUAUGUGCAACUAUAAAAGCUAAAUCCCACCGCUUGAAUUGGAUCCAAAAAGUCAGCGUCGUUAGCCAAAAAUGUCUUCACUGGAGCAACAGCAACAGCAGAAGCGACCCUCGUUGCAUUUUACUGCGGAUUGCGGAGUUGGAGCUGGAGCUGGAACAGGAACUGGAACAGCUGAGACGACCAUGUCAGGAUGCUCACCGGCAACGACACCAUUGGGCAGCGGUGCUGGAUUCCUGCCGGACAUGCCCCAGUGGAAGAAGGAUUUGAUACAACGACGCAAGACAAAUGUGGCACGUACAAAUGCAGCCGCCAACUCACCAACGUCCACAGCUGAUGGCAGUUGCAUGGCUUUCACUGAACCUGCAGACUCAGGUGCGACUGACGCUAAUGCAACUGCAACAACAAUAAUAACUAGUCAACAACAACAACAACAAGAGCAACAACAAUUACUAAAACGAAAUCUAAGCCAAACAGCAACAGCAACAACAACAUUAAAGACUUCUAUAGCAGCAGAGGAAAAGUCUGAGAAAUGUUUUAUUGGAGCUGGAGGUCAUCAUACGCUUCCAGCAGUAGCAGCAUCAUCAGCAUCAGCCCAAAGUACACAACAACAACAACAAGGUAAAGACUUCACCACGGUCUUUUCAACAGAAACGUCAGCGUCAGCAGCAACAGCAGCAGCCGCAGCACCACCACCAAUACCAAAGCAGCGAUCAAGUUUAUUUAAUACAAGAAGUCAAUCAACUGGCAAGGAGCAAGAGAUUCUAAAUUUGGAUACCAGAGAGCGAGAGCGCGCUGCGUUCGGAGAGCGUGACGUUGAGGUGAAUAACAUGUUGAAUAGCAGCCAUAAUCGUAAAUGCUCUCGCGCCAGUGGUGAAGUUGAAACUGGCACAGCGACAACUGGAGCAUUAACAGUGCUAGGCAACAAAAACAAUACCAACAACACCACCACCACAGAGAGUGGUAGCAGCGGCAGCGGAGCAAAUGUGAAACAAACAGCGACAUCGUCGUCGUCAGCAAAUCAGUUGCAAACGAAAUGCAAACCUGGGCAGAGCGUCGGUGCUGAAGCAGCAGCGAACAACUCAACGGCAGCGAUCAACUCAACGCCAAUAACAACAAAUUUCAACCAUAAUAAUAUAACGCCAAUUACAACAGCAACAAAUAUUGAUAAUAAAAAUUGUAAAUCGAAAAUAUCUGAUAAAUUGCAGAGCAACAAGUUUAUACAAAAUCAGCAGCAACAACAACAACAGUUGGCCGCGUCGCCCACAAAAGUAGCGGUAAAAACUACAAUGGUCGCCAUGCAAGAAAUGAAAAAGACAACAACACAAAAUGGCCAACAACGUCAUCAUCAUCACCUCAAUCAUCAUCAUCAUCAUAAUGUGAAGCAGAAUGCUGAAGCAACAGACGUUGAUGUCGGCGUCGACGUUGGCGUCGCUGCCUUGCAGACGGCUGAGAGCGAGGAUUUAAGCUAUGGACCCGGCAUCGUAUCCAAACUGCGCUGCCGCUACCUCAGUCUGGCGCUGCGCUGCGAGACGCGUCAGCAGAGCCAGCAGCAGCGACUGCAGCGUUCGACCAGUCUCAAUACGCUGCUCGAUCGCAACGAUGAGGAUGAUGAGGAUUUGCAUAAUGCUGUUGUUGUCACAACACCAACAACACCAACAUCAACAACACCCACAGCAGCUGUUGCUGCCGCUGUCACUGCUGGCGCCGCUGUCAGCAGCCGCAGCGCUGCGCCGCCGCCCAUUUUGGGCGUAAAACCAACAACAAUUGCAAGUGGCUAUAUUAAAAGUGUCAGCGUUGUGCAACAGCAGCAACAGCAACAACGACAGAAGCAGACGCAGUCGCAGCAGCAGCAAUUGCAGUCGACGUCGCAGUCACAGCAGUCGGUUAACGGUACACGCUCGCGUCACUUUAAGCGCGGCAACGAGGUGAUGAAGCGUGCGCGCUCCGUCGAAGCGCUGCUCUGCGAGAAGUCACCUUGGAACACGCAACGUGCCAGCUAUCAAGCAACAACAGCAACUAUUACCAAUACUAAUGCUAAUGCUGCAAGCAGCGCUGCCACUGCCGCUGCCUCUGUCACCAUUGAGGAUAAGAUACACAAUGCCCGCGAGCGUCUGCACAGCGGCACCGAUGCUGCUCCCCCCAAGCGUCUCACCAGCAUCAUCGACGAUACGGAGCGUCCGCCGCCGGAUUUGGUUAAGCAGACGCUGAAAAUGUUUGAAGCCAGCGCCAAUCGACGACCGCGCACGGCGCAGCGCAGCAACGGCGUCGGCGGCGUCGCGAGCAAAGUUGCCAGCUAUAAAUCGAUAAUUGCAGAGCAGAAGCCAAUCAGCAACAAAGUGGGUGGCGGAGGAGCAGUAACAGGAGGAGCAACAGGUGGAGCAGCGGGAGGAUUAACAGGAGGAGCAGCAGCAGCAGCAGGAUUAACAGUGCAAGGUGCAGCGUUCGCUGCCUCAACGCCGCUCUGCAAGCAGCAUACGCCGGCGUCGGUAGCGGCAUUUGGCAAUGUUGUACCCGAUAUUAUACCCAGACAAUUGGAUACAUUUGAAUCGCCGGUUUCGACGCUCAGCAAAAUGCUGGGACGCAUGCAGCUGGAGACGGCAGCGGCGCCAGCAGCGCAGUCCGAAGUGGGUGGCGUUGGGAAUGGAAAUGAGGGUGGGGGUGGAGUGGAGCGCUUAGUCAGCGAUAAACGAUCGCAGGCAGCAGACGACGACGAACGCGACGUUGAGAACGACAACGACGACGACGAAGACAACAACGAAGUGAACGAUGAUGACGUCGACGUCGUCGCUGCCGAUGACAACAACGAUGAAGGCGACGGCGACGAUGUUUGCAAUGGCGAUAAAAUGGGCGCGGCAGGCGAUAAGUUAACGCAAGCAGCGCUGCCAGCAGCGGAUGAGGCAACGCCGACAGCGACAACGGCAGCAGCAGGAAUAAACGUACAACGUUCAUUCGCGGCUGCUUUGCAAGAGAAUGCGCACGUUGUCUCGAGUAUUAAUAACAAAAUUAACAAAAAGCCAAACAACGAUAGCGUAUUAACAACAUCGACAACAACAAAACAAAUUGGUGUCAUACGACCGCUAUUGAAUCAGGCAGCUGGUUCCGGUUCGAGUUGCGGUUCUGGUUCCGGCUCUGGAAUACCAUUAACAAGUCGCGAAAUUGAAAAGAAUCGCAUUAAUGAAAUGAAAAAAUCAACAGCCCUGGCCGCCGAUGCAGCCCUGGCCGCUGCCGUUGCCGCCGCCGCAGCUGCUGAGAGCAGCACUAGUCUGGACACCGUGAUAAACACACACAGCAAGGAUGCAAGUGAAACGGAUGCUGGCGCUGCUUCCGUCUCUGCCGCUGCCGGCAUCUCACCAAUCUGGCCACACUUGCGUAAGCGUCGACAGCCAACAACAACAUCAACAGCGGGUGGCAACGCGACAAUUGGCGGCAAUUCAAUUGGCAAUGCGGACAACAACACCUCCAUGGUGUUUAAUUUCUCCAAGAGCACCAAGGAGGUGCCCGAUUAUAUUGAAAGCGAUGUUGUGAUCUACAGAAGGAAGCGGGAGCUGCCAAAGCCAAAUGAGCCUGGCUUCGUGUUGCUGGGCGAUUUAUCGGUGGAGACAUCGACAGACACCGAUUACGAUGACUACUCCAUGUGUCCGCCAUCACCAUGCGAUGUGGAAUUCGAGAAUGCGAAUAUUGUGAUCGAUGGCAAGUCCAGCAUUCGACAAAAAGCCAAAGAUUCAUCGUUCCGCGUACAGUUCAACGAUACGUUAACGUCCACGUUUGAAUAUCCCUCCGAGGCAUCGCAGAUCAUUGACGACCCACCGUAUGCCGAUCCUUAUGGCAAUGUUAAUAAACAUCAUCAGUUGCUCUACGAGGAGCAAUUGAUAUUGCAACAUCAUCAGCAACAACAACAGCAGCAGCAACAUCAUCAUGUGACUGUUGAUGAGAUAAUUGAGCUUCCAACAUCCACAAUGUCCUCGUCGACGUCGACAUCGACGUCAGCGUCGGCAGCGACGUCGCAUAAAACGUCAGCGACCAGUGCAAUGCUGGGGAAUUUACCACUAGGCUCAACGGCUCUGGGUUUUUAUACGCCCGUCAAGGCCUCCCCCAUGGACAGUCUCUUCCAGCUGGGCGUUACCCGGUACACGCCGCCCGAAAGCGCAACCGGAAACGGAAGCAGCAAUGGCAGUCCAGCAACAACAGCUGCAACAUCCAACGGUGGCGCCUCCUUUAAUGGCAAUGGCAACGGCAGCAUUGUCGGCAUAGGCGAAGGACUCAUCAAGGGAGAGAGUAAUGAUGCAGUGGGUGUCCAAGAGGAGGAUUACCAUCUGUCAUCGGGGAUUGUCUACAGCGAGGGUACCCAAAAAACCGAUUUAUUGUACUGAAUGGAACUCACAACUCAAUUCCCUCCUCCUUCUCCUCCUUCUACUCCAUCACCAUUCCCCCUGGUUAUACAUGAUACUGAUCUAAACGAUUCAUCUAUAUAUGUAUACAUAAAUAUAUUUAUAGAUAUUAUUUGUAAGUUGUAGGGCUAACAAAAAAAAUACGAUAUGUGUACAACAGAAACAUU